AUGUCCUCUGCUCAUGAUGCCACCACCAAGAUCUCCAUCGACAAGUUCGACGGCAACAACUACGCGACGUGGAGCCGCUACAUGCGUGGCGUGUUCCUGACCAAGUCGGCGUGGCACGUGGUGAACCGGGAGACCACCCCCACCUUCGCCGAUCCUCGCGCCAGUGACGACUACGUCAAGACGAACAACAUUGCGUUCGGCUUGAUGCUGCUGCACAUGAGCGCGGAUUAUCAUCACGUGGUUGAUGACUGUGAAGAGGCGUGGGUCGCGUGGGCGCGCUUGAAGACGCUGUACGGCGGGUCGCAGAAGGCUGGACGCAUCUACUUGAAGCGCCAGCUGUUCAGCAUGGAGAUGGCGGAAGGCGGCAAUGUGAUGCAUCAUUGCAACGAAGUCCUCAACAUCAGCGCGAAGCUCAGCAGCAUCGGCGCCAAGAUGGAGGACGAGGACGUGGCGAUCUGCUUGUUGCGCAGCCUCCCCAAGAGCUACGAGAACGUCGUGCUGAACUUGGAGAUGAGCAGCGCGGCACUGCGGUCGCGAGACGUCUUGAGAGUGCUCACAAAUGAGCACAUCAAGAGGCAAGGUGACAAGACGACAUCGGUGAAGACUGAAGACGCGGCGAAGGCGUUCAGUACCGAGCGUGAACCUCGCCAAUGUACAUACUGCGGAAAAUUGGGGCACACGGCAGAGCGGUGCUGGACCAAGCAGAAGGACGAAAAUCAAGGUGGAGCUCGACGCGGCGGCAACAAUGCUCGUGGACGCGGAGCCAACAACGUUCAGUGGCGAACCAACAACAGCAACGACGACAACUACGAUCGAGUUGCGUUCGCGGUUUCGCUGGAGGCUGGACUUUCGACGGGCAAGAAUAUGCCAGGGAUGUGGGCAGUCGACAGCGGUGCGACGCAUCACAUCUGCAACGACAAGGCCAAGUUUGCAAGCCUGAAUGAGCGAGAGGAAGGCGAACUAUCAGUGGCUGAUGGCAGCAAGGCUGCGAUCAAGGGUGUGGGAACCAUCAUGGAACGGGUGGUUCUGCCCAAUGGUGACGAACGCGACAUCGAGAUCAAGGACGCACUGUUCGUACCAAGUAUGAGCAAGAAUCUGCUUUCGGUACCACAGAUCAACAAGGGUGGCAGGUUCCAAGUCGUGUUCGAUGGAUCCAAGAUGCAAGUGAAGCGCAAGAAUUCCACACAAGUCGUGGCAACAGCGGAUCUCGUCGAUGGACUUUACUGGCUGCGGACUCCUCAACGAUCGGCAAAUGCAGCAACACGCAAUGGGACCAUCGACUUGCAUGCGCGCAUGGGUCAUGCACCCCUCGAAGUUCUGCGCAAGAUGGUGGCCACUGGCAUGAUCAAGGACGCCAAGGCACCUCUCAACUCGACUGGUCCAAGUGUAUGUCGCGGUUGCCAGCAAGGAAAGAUGGUCCAAAAACCAUUCCCAACCAACCGUGACAAACGCCAAUAUGGUAUGUUCGAGUUGCUGCACUUCGACAUCUGCGGGCCAAUGGAACAAGUCUCGAUCGGCGGCAGCAGAUACUUACUGCUUGUGGUUGACGAAGCCAGCGGUUGCAUGAAGGGCUUCUGUCUGCGGUCCAAGUCUGAGAGUGGAGACUGUAUCAAGAACCACAUUAUCAAGAUUCAAACUCAGUUCGGCACGAAGAUCAAGUUUGUUCGGCACGAUGGAGCGCAUGAGUUUGCGACCAACUCCAUCAAGACCUUCUACGAAGAUCAUGGUAUCGAACAACAGAUCACGGUGCCGUAUGCACACCAGACCAACGGCACCGCAGAACGCGCGAUAAGGACCAUCGUCACGAUCGGACGCAGCUUGUUGCAUCAUGCAAAGCUGGAGAAGUGUUUCUGGGCUGAAGCGGCAAUGACGGCGAUCUACAUCAAGAACCGCCUGCCUUCACCCAAGAUCGACCACAAGACUCCGUUCGAGAUCGUGUACAAGUCGAAACCAAGUGUCAAGCACAUGCGCGUGUUUGGAUGUCGGGCGUUUAUCCUGACACCAAGGGAGAAGCGAUUGAAGUGGGACCCGAAGGCUCGUGAAGGGAUGUUCAUGGGCUACGAGGAAGCGUCAAAAGCUUAUCGAGUGUACGACAUUGAGGCGGGCCAAGUGGUGAUCAGUCGUGACAUCACCUUCGACGAAUCGACUUUUGACUUUUCGAUGGACCGACCAAGUGACGAUGAUGAAGAUGCGGAGUUGGACCUCGACCUCCUGGCGAUCAACGAGGACGACGUGCGUCAAACCGUCUCCAAGCAUACUGGCAAGCGCAAGAGUGAAGCAAGACUCGGCAUGUCACGUUCAGCUCGCCCUCGAACUGGGUUGGAACAAGCAAGUGCGCCGGAACACGUCUCCAACCGUCACCAGAAACGACGAUCAAGUGCUCCAGAAACGAUGUCUGAUGACGAAGAAGAUGCGAGCGACUACGAUCAAGAUGACGACUCGACGCCUCCAACAUUUUGGCGUGCAAGUGCAAACGCAGUGGAAGCAACGGACCUAGCAGAACCUGUGACUUUUCAAGACGCGAUCAAUGGUCCUGAUUAA